AUGGCCUGAACUGUUUCGAGAAAAGAAUGGAUGGCCACACGGAGGAGUCGCCAGAGAGCCUGCCUAGCUACAUGCCCUCGUACCCGGGCCAGGACUCAGGCGCGCCCAGCCCCGACGGCAGCACCUUCCAGCCGGCAGCACAGAGGUUCAGGAUCAACGAACAGAGAAUCAAACUCCUGACAUCUGUGAAUCAGAUCGUUCAACAACGCGCGGAGCUUGAAUCUAACCGCGUGACGCUCUCCGGAAUACUAGACGAAUUAAGAAGAAAGCUGAAGAGGAGGAUAGAAGAAUGCCACUUCGAGAAGAAGGAGCAAGUCAGGGCUCUGAAACAAGCGAACCAGCGGCUGGAGCGAGAGAAGUUCGGCAUUAUGACUGAGAUAGAACACCUGAAGCGACACCUGGAGAAAGAAGAGUCACACCACGUGAAGCAUGUGAGAACUGCUGUGGCACAGGUCAUACAAGGAGUAGUGAAAAAUACGGCCAAUGAUUACUUUACCCCGUGCUCUGUGGCGGAACUGCCCAACGUGGUCUGCCGGAAUGUAGCUAGGAACGCGCCUUCUCGAAUUGCAGACAACAAACUGGCGGCCGCGCGCCUUAUGCGCGACAUAGCUGAGUUGAGACAACGAGUAGCACAAGUAGAAGCUCGGCUUGCGAAUGAACUAAAGCGUAAGAGGCAGGCUGAGCACGACAUUGCUCGCCUGAGGAAGGAACUGUCGGCGACAAAGAGCUGCGUGGCGUCUCUUCGGCUACCAGCAAGACCGCUAGCGAAGCAUUGCUCUAAGUUCGCUUAA